GCCGGUCUAUCCUGCACCGAUUCUCCGACUUGACCAUAUCCCUGUUCUGUUUAUUUCCAGCCACCGACAUGCACAAUGGUGCCCUGCAGCAAGGAAAAGGACAAGAAUAUCCUCAUUGUCAUCGUCGGUGCCGGACUUAUUGGGCCCCGUCACGCACAAUCCGUGCAACGACACCCACGAACCCAGCUGAUCGCUUUUGUUGACCCUUCACCCUCUGCAAUCCCGGUCGCAGAAUCAUUUGGCGUUCCUUGCUAUGAUUCUAUUACGUCUAUGUUAGACGUUGUCGGUAAGACAACCGGGAAACCAGACGCGGCGAUCGUGAGCACGCCCAAUCACACGCACGUGGACGUCACGCUCCAGCUGCUGGAGAACGGAAUCCGCAAUAUCCUCCUUGAGAAACCGAUCAGUGACGAUCUGGAGUCGGCCGAGCACCUCCUCGCUACCGUCAAGGAACAGAAAUGUAAAGAUGAGAAGAGAGGCAAGGAUGCGAAGAUCAACAUCCAGAUCGGCCACCACCGCCGCUUCAAUCCGUACAUCCAAACCACAAAGUCUUUGUUAGAGACAGACUCACUCGGCACCGUCGUUGCAGUGAACGGCCUCUGGACACUUCUGAAGCCGGCCUCUUACUUCGCGCCGCCGCUCGGUUCUUGGCGCGCAGAUAAGAAGAAGGGCGGCGUGCUGGGGAUUAAUCUUAUCCACGAUAUCGACGUGCUGCAGUUUCUGUUUGGGCCCGUCAGUAGGGUCUACGCGGAGGGUACACUCCUGCAGCGCAUGCGCCAGAACCCGGAACAUACCGCCGAGGAAGGCUGUGCUGUGACGCUGCGCUUUGCGUCUGGGAUAGUAGGCACAUUUCUCAUCUGCGACGCGACGCCUUCGCCGUUGAACUUUGAAACAGGAACGGGCGAGAAUCCUACGAUUCCGCCCGCUCCUUCCAAGAGUGCAAGCGACUGUUAUCGAAUUCUUGGAACCAGAGCGAGUCUCAGUGUGCCUGAUAUGACGCGCUGGAGCUAUGACCAUGUUUCUUGUGGACAGGGGAAAGAGAAAGGCUGGAAUACGGAGUUGGCGAUGCAGCAGAUUUCAGUGAAGGAUGCUGAUGUGAGGCCGUUUGAUGCGCAGUGGGGAUAUUUUGUUGAUGUUGUUAGUGGAAAGGGUGAGGAUGGCGAGCGAGGAGUUGGCUGUGGCGUUGAAGAUGGGGUGAGGGCGCUCAGAGUUGUUCAAGCUGUUAGGGAGAGUAUGGAGGGAGGCAAGCCUGUGGAUGUUCAAAGUGUAUAA